CCCAGGAGAAGAUGGAGUCCCUGAGGAUGAGGUAUCUGAUCAUGGGGCAGAGCAGCGGUGACAUCCAGCACCGGCUGGCGCAGACCCUGGAUGCCUCAUCCCAUGUGGACUCUGCCCAGGAGGACCUGGCUCUCUGGCUGGGUCGAAUGGAGAAGGAGCUAGCCUCUGGGGACAGCCAGCCAGCUGAUGGGCCACACCCGGUCAGUGCCAGCGACAGAGAAAAGUUUGAGCAGGUCCUGGGGGCCGAACAUGCCCACCUGGCCAGGCUCGGCCAGCACCUGGAGGAGCUCAGGCAGGUCCAGCUGGACGCCCAGGCCAUCUGCUCGCAGCUCUCCGCUCAGCAGCUCCUCUCCGCCGAGAUUCUGCACCACCGGGGCCUGGUGGAGCGCCUGCUGGGGAUCUCCGACCCACUGCUCCGUGCCUGGCCCCUGCCCUCACACCAGCACCCGCAGCCAUCGGCGCAGUCCCUCCAGGAGCAAGCUGAGCGGCUCUUCCAGGACAGCGCAGCCUGCGCGGUGCAGCUGGAGCGGGCCCAGGCCCUGCUAGCCCAGUUGGCUGAGGCCCAUGACGAGCUCACGCCCUGGCUGGAGGAGACGCAGCUGGUGGCUGCGCGGCUCUCCCCGGACGCCAUCAGCUGGGAAGCCUUCAAGGAGCAGCAGGACCUGCUGCAGUGCCUGCGGGAGGCCCUUGCUGAGCACCGGCCCCUGAUGGGGAAGCUGCAGCGCGUCUCCGCCCAGCUGGCGGAGCUGAGCCCGGAGCAGGGGGCCCCGUUCCAGCAGCGGUGCCAGGUGGCAGAGGAGCAGUACGGCAGCAUCCGGGAGCACGUGCGCCAGGCAGCCACGGUGCUGGAAGAUGCCAUCCCGCGCUACAGCCAGCUCACGGAGCGCAUGGACUUUCUGCUGGAGAGCCUGGAGCGGCUCCAGGGCCGUGUGCAGAACCCCCCCGUGGUCCGGGGCGACGCAGCCCACCUCCGGGAGCAGCUCUGCGAGAACAGCCUGGCGCUGGGCGAGCUGGAGAAGCUGGGGGUGACACUGGAGACCGUGCGCAGCCAGGGGGCCGAGCUGCUGGCCAGCGUGCAGAUGGCUCACACCGAUGCUGCGGCGAAAGUGAUCCAGGAGCGCACGGAGCAGCUGUGCAGCCAGUGGCGCUGCCUUCGCGGGCAGGCCGAGGAGCGGGAGCGGUGGCUCAGGGGCCUGUUGGCGCUGGCCGAGCGGUUCUGGCAGGGGCUCGCUGAGCUGGCCGUCAGCCUCACAGACACCCAGCAGAUGGUGCUGGACUUGGAGGAAGCCGACCCCGACCCCGAAGCUGUCCGGGCGCGGCUCCGCACCAUGCAGGCGCUGCGAGAGGAGAUCGACGCACUGCAGAACGACCUGGACACACUGGGCAUCCUGGGCGUGGAGCUGAUGUCGUCCUGCGGCGACUCGGACAAACCAGAUGUCACCAAGAGCCUGGAUGAUCUCUACUCGUCCUGGCACAGCCUGAGCAAGGUGUGGACGGAGCGGCAGGGCCGCCUGCAGGAGCAGCUCCAGGCCUCGCUACGCUACCAGGAGGCCAUGCAGGGGCUCUGUGACUGGCUGGCCACGGCCGAGCUGCGCCUGGCGGAGGAGUUCCUGGUUGGGGGGGACCUGGAGCUGGUGAGGCAGCAGCUGGCGGAGCUGAAGGAGUUCAAGAGGGAGCUGUACCAGUGCAAGGUGGAUGUGGAGAGCCUGCGGCACCAUGCGGGGGCUGAGGACAGAGGCCCCCCAGCUUUGCUGAGUGACUUCCGGCAGCGCUGGGAUUGCCUGGAGGAGGAGAUUGUCAGCCGCCAGCACCAGCUGGAAGCGGCGCUCCUGGGCUUGGGGCAGUUCCAGAACCAGCUGGAGGAGCUGCUGCAGUGGAUUUCCCACACGGCAGAGCAGCUGCAGGGCCGGACCCCGCUGAGCUUGGAUCUGCAGAGCUGUGAGAUCGAGCUGGCCAAGCACAAGGUGCUGAGAAACGAUGUCAUGUCCCACGCCCGGACUGUCCAGUCUGUGAACGAGGCCGGCCAGGGGCUGCUGCUCUCCAGCCUUGGGGACAGCACGGACGCGCUGCAGUGCAGCCUCCAGCAGCUCAACCAGCGCUGGGACUUUGUGCGGAGUGAGACCGAGAGCCGCCAGCUGGAGCUGGAGAACAACCUCAGCCAGGUGCAGGACGUCACGCUAGAGAUCAUGGACCUGCUGCAGUGGCUGGAGCACGUGGAGAUGCGGCUCUUCUUCUCCAAGCCCGUCUGGGACCACCCCGAAACCACCAAGGAGAAGCUGGCAGCGCACCUGGAGCUGGCCAAAGAGCUGGAGUCCAAGCAGCAGGCGUAUAACAGCGUGAGGGACCGGCUGCAGCGCCUGCUGGCCUCCUGCAGCCUGCCCCGGGCCUGCAGCACCGAGCACAGCCUGCGCAUCCUGCAGCAGAAAUGGGAAAGCGUCCACAGCCAGGUCCAGGAGAGGAAGGAGCGGCUGGCGGAGGGGCUGACUCUCAGCACCGAGUUCCACAGCACGGCACAGGAGCUGCUGCAGUGGCUGGGGCAGACGGAGGAGAGCCUGAGUGCCCCAGAGCCGCCCAGCUUCCUGCUGGAGACCGUCCUCAGGCAGGUCCAGGAACACAAGGCGCUGCUGAAGGAGGUGACCGCUCGCGGGGAGCAGCUGUCCAGCCUGGAGGCGGUGGCCGCUCGCCUGAAGGACGUGAGCAGGAAGCAGGACUGUGCUGUGAUCCAGAGCCUGGUGCUGACGGCCAAGGAGCGGGUGGCCAAGGUGCUCCGGUGUACUGGUGAGCGGGGCGCCGCGCUGGAGGACGCUCGCAAGCGUGCCAAGCAGUUCAGUGAGUCCCGGCAGCUGCUCCUGGACUGGAUGGAUGAGGUGGAGCAGACUCUGGAGAUCCCCGGCGAUGCCGCCAUGAGCCAGGAGGAGAUCAAGUGCCAGCUGGCUGAGCACAAGGAGUUCCAGAAGCUGCUGCGCUCCAAGCGUCCCGUGUACGAGGCCACGCUGCGCAGCGGGCGCUUGCUGCGGGAGAAGGCCCAGCUGGCCGAGGACGUGCAGCCGCUGGAGGAGCUGCUGGGGGAGCUGAAGGAGCGCUGGGACGACGUGGGUGGCCGGGCUGUGGAGAGGCAGCACAAGCUGGAGGAGAGCCUGCUAUUCUCGGGCAAGUUCACGGACGCCCUGCAAGCCCUGCUGGACUGGCUGUACCGGGCCGAGCCGCAGCUGUGUGAGGAGGUGCCGGUUGGGGGGGAUCGCGACCUGGUCAGCGACCUCAUGGACAAGCACAAGGCUUUCCAGAAGGAGCUGGGCAAGCGAGCCAGCUGCAUUAAGAUGCUGAAGCGCUCGGUGAGGGACCUGACUCGGGGCAGCAGCAGCGUCGACUCCCAGUGGCUGCAGAAGCAAAUGGAGGAGCUGAGCGGCCGCUGGGACCUGAUCUGCAAACUCUCCAUCUCCAAGCAGGGCCGGCUGGAGGCUUCAUUACAGCAGGCGGAGGAGUUCCACACCCUGGUGCGCUCGUUCCUGGCCCACCUGGCUGAGUCGGAGAAAACCCUCCGGCACGGCGUCUUCCCGGAGGAGGAGGCGGCCAUGCGCGAGUGCCAGAGCCAGCUGCAAGAGCUGAUGAAGACUCUGCAGUGCCAGCAGCUCGAGCUGGAGUGCAUCACGUCCCUGGGAGAGGAGAUCCUGUCUGCCUGCCACCCCGACUCCGUCGUCACCAUCAAGUCCUGGAUCACCGUGGCCAAGAGCCGCUUCCAGGAGGUGCUGAGCUGGGCCCAGCAGCAGGGUGAGCGGCUCCAGGCCCAGACGGCCAGGCUGGCCGCAGAGCGGGAGGAGAUGGGCCGGCUCGUCGACUGGAUCGCGGCUGCCGAGGAGUCGCUGAGCCUGAGGGACCAGGAGACGCUGCCCGACGACGCCCAGCAGCUGGAGGAGCUCAGCUCCCAGCACGUGGAGUUCAUGGAGGAGCUGAACCGCAAACAGCCGGAUGUGGAGAAGGUCACGAAGAGCUGCAAGCGCAAGCUGGCCCCGGAGCUGGGGCUGCCGGCCACCCGCAGGCUGGCUGCAGGGCGACGCAGUGCUGUGAAACCCCCCCGCACCACUCCCCAGGUGCCGCUCAUCGACCUGGAGCCCCAGAGCCCCCCCAUGGCGCAGCUCCUGCACCGCUGGCAGCAGCUCUGGCUCCUGGCCUUGGACCGGCAGUACCGGCUGCAGAGCGCCCUGCAGCGGCUGCGCGAGGUGGAGGAGUUUGCGCACUUUGACUUUGGCGUCUGGAGGAAGCGGUACAUGCAGUGGAUCAGCCACAGGAAAUCCCGCAUCCUGGAUGUUUUCCGAGGCAUCGACCGGGACCAGGAUGGGCGGAUCAGCCAGCGGGAGUUCGUCCAGAGUGUCCUCUCCUCCAAAUUCCCCACUAAUGUCCUGGAGAUGAGCGCCGUGGCCAGUAUCUUUGAUAUGAACAGUGAUGGCUUCAUUGAUUACUACGAGUUCGUCAGCGCUCUGCAGCCCAGCCGGGACCCGCUGCGGAGGGUCGCUGACGCUGACCAGAUCCAGGACGAGGUAAACCGUCAGGUGGCCCAGUGCAACUGCGCCAAGCGCUUCCAGGUGGAGCAGAUCAGUGCCAAUCGGUACCGGUUCGGGGAGUCGCAGCAGCUGCGCAUGGUGCGGAUCCUGCGUAGCACCUUGAUGGUGAGAGUGGGGGGAGGCUGGAUCGCGCUCGACGAGUUCCUGGUGAAGAACGACCCCUGCAGAGUGAAGGGACGGACCAACCUGAAGAUCAAUGAGAAAUACCUGUCCCCAGACGCCUUAGGGGCCGUGACCACCUGUGCCGGCAGCCAGUCAGCCCCCCCCUCCAAAGUGCUGUCCCCCAGCCGCUCCAACUCCAGCCUCAGCCUCUACAGCAGUGCCUCAGCCCCCAGCAGCCCCCUGGCCAGGAAGGCUGUCCUGCGCCGGACGCGCUCCGGAGACCGGUGCCCCCGCUCCCGCAGCUCCCUCCUGGCUGACGGGGCUGAGCUGAGCUUCUCCGCCCCCCAGGCCAGCACAGAGCCUGCGCCCCCAGAGCCCCCCGAAGGCCCCCCCACCUGAGAGCGGCCCCCCUGCACCAGGGACAGCAGGCGCCUUCCCCGGCACAGCCCGAGCCCCACGCAGGAUUUUCUGCCCUUCCCAAUGGCUGCGCCAGCAGAGCCACGUCCACCCCAGGGAUGUGGCUCCAAGGCUGGAGAGGAUGGAGGCUCCUGGCCUGACCCUUCAGCAGAGAGCUGGGGGUGUG